GGCCACCAGUAGGAGUCGACAUGGCUGUGCCUGCCGGUAGGUCCGUGGUCUUCGUGACUGGAAACGUAAAGAAACUCGAAGAGGUCAUUCAGAUCCUGGGAGACAAGUUUCCCCAUAAACUAGUUUCCAAGAAGAUUGAUUUGCCUGAAUACCAGGGAGAACCAGAUGAGAUCUCAAUACAGAAGUGUAAGGAGGCAGCACAGCAGAUUGAUGGACCAGUGAUUGUGGAGGACACCUGUCUGUGUUUCAGAGCCCUGGGUGGUUUGCCUGGUCCUUACAUAAAAUGGUUCCUGGACAAACUAAAGCCAGAAGGCUUGUACAAGCUCCUUGCGGGGUUUGAAGAUAAAUCAGCCUGGGCUCUAUGCACUUUUGCCUUCUCUGCUGGGAAAGGAGAACCAGUGCAACUCUUCAGAGGGAUAACAGAGGGCCAUAUCGUGGAGCCCAGAGGUCCUAGAGACUUUGGAUGGGACCCCUGCUUCCAGCCUGAUGGAUAUGAAAAAACCUAUGCAGAGCUGCCUAAAGAAGUGAAGAACUCUAUCUCUCACCGCUAUCGGGCUCUGGCUGCCAUGUCUGAGCACUUUGCUCAGUCCAACAGUGACACACCACAGACCAAGAAGAAGAAGCAGGAAGAGUAACCAGUCACUCCUAGACAACCAAAUUAUGUUCUGGAUUAAAAUGGGUUAAAUCUUCAUUUAGUAGAGGAAGUAAUUGACGAUAUCAAGCUUAACUGAUAUCUUUUUUACUAUCUUUGGACAGGUGAGGUGUAACUUUUUAGAAAGUUCGGUUGAUCCCAGAUUUGUACUGUAAUAAUUUCUACUUUGGCAGUAUGUUCUGCAAAAGGUGCUGUCCAGUAUCUGUUUUCCAGCUGUAGUUUUUAAUACAUUUUGUCAGUUGUGAACAAAUUCACUGUGUUAGUAAAACUUUUCCCAUGUUGUUAAUGGCUUGUACUGAAAGGAAAUGAGGAUGUUAGAAAUAUCUUCCAGAUAAUGUGAACAGAGAGCAAAGAUUGUUCCAUGACUUGUUUCAUUAUUCCAUGGUGGAUACUGUAACAGCCUUUGAGUUUUGCUCCCAAGCACUGCCAAAGAUUGACUUGAAGAAGAACAUAAAUAAAAAGAAAAAGAGUAGUCCCAGGGUCCUGAUGAGACCAGCAGACAGACCUGUGGCCGAGACAAAAUCCUGUGGGUGGUGAGAGGAGGAUUGGAGUGUGAGGAUAGGAUGGGGGUCCACAGAUGGAGAUGUGGGAGGAAGUGGGCCAAGGGAGGAGGGGGGUUUGUUAAGCACAGACACCACAGUGGAGGCAGGGGAGUUCGGGUAAUAAAUGACCUUGGGGCUGGGUGUC